GUCUUGAUCAAUACUUAGUUCUUUCCACACAGCUUUCACCCAGCAGAGGGCGGAACGGCAAUAAGGUUGUCACACUGUGUCUUCGUUCACUUCAGAGAUGGCUGCAGGUGAAGCUCGCAUUGGGAAACUGGCCCCUGACUUCAAAUCAACAGCCGUAAUGCCGGACGGCCAAUUCAAGGAAAUCAAGAUUUCCGACUACAAAGGAAAGUAUGUGGUAUUUUUCUUCUACCCAAUGGACUUCACCUUUGUGUGUCCCACUGAGAUCAUUGCAUUCAGUGAUGCUGCUGAAGAGUUCAGGAAGAUUGACUGUGAAGUCAUUGGUGCUUCUGUGGACUCUCACUUCUGCCAUCUUGCCUGGAUCAACAAGCCCCGCAAGCAGGGUGGUUUGGGCCCCAUGAAGAUCCCACUGGUAGCUGACGCACAGCACUCAAUCUCCAAGGCCUAUGGCGUGCUGAAGGAAGACGAAGGCCUUGCCUACAGGGGACUGUUUAUCAUUGAUGAUAAGGGUAUCCUGAGGCAGAUUACCAUCAAUGAUCUGCCAGUGGGUCGCUCCGUGGACGAGACGCUUCGCCUGGUGCAGGCCUUUCAGUUUACAGACAAGCAUGGAGAAGUGUGCCCCGCUGGCUGGAAACCUGGAAGUGACACCAUCAAGCCUGAUGUCCAGAAGAGCAAAGAGUUCUUCUCCAAACAAUAAUAGACAGACCAGAGUCUGUUGGACCAUUAGACCUUAGCAAUUGUACUAUGUGUAGGUGAGAUGGCACAGUUGCUUGCAAACAGGAUGUGGUAUUGUGGUUCCCUUUUUUUCUCAUACGUAUUAGUUACUGUUCAGUGAGCCCAAGUACCAUGAGACCAAAAGGUGAUGCAAACUGAUCUUUCAGAGCUAUGUUGGAGAAGUAGAUCCAUGAGACUGGUUCAGUUAUGUACUGUAUAGAUACCAGUGUUAUGUAACGUUAGUUAUUUCUACACACUUCUGCUUGCUGUUGUGGCUUCAUAUGAUGCAAUAAAACUUUGCACACAAAACCUGCAUUGUAUCAGUGUUAGGAGACCAAGUCUGACCAAGUCACUGCAAAAAAAUUGUGUAAUUUGGCUUUUCCCACCAUCCGGUAUUGCAUGGUGAAGAAAAAUUUGUCUUUUUCAUUAUUGUAAUAAAAGAAAGGACAAAAAGA